UAAGGCGAAGUAUAAAAUGCGGCAGAUUCACUUAGUCAACACAUUUCACUGGUAACUUCUUUAGAGGACACAUCGACUAUGAAAUUCUUCAUCGUACUAGCCCUGGUGUCGGCAGCUUCGUCAGCUCGCCUCGACAAUGUCAUCCUGCCUCCCAACGCGAGAUCCUCAAGUGGUGCCAGCGCUGGUCUCCAAACUCCUUACAGUGGAGGACAAGCAUACGGUGGAAACCAGGCCGAGAUCCUGAGAUACGAGAAUGAGAUCAACGAGGAUGGAUACCAUUAUGCUUUUGAGACUAGCGAUGGUACUAAAUCCGAACAACAAGGUCGUGUAUACCCCGGUGCCCAGCCCGAAGAAGGUUCCCUGGUCGUGUCAGGAUCGUACUCCUACGUCGGUGAUGAUGGCCAGACCUACACUGUGACAUACAUAGCCGAUGAGAAUGGCUACCGCGCUGAAGGAGCUCAUCUGCCCACCCCUCCACCCGUGCCUGCUGGGAUCUCGAGGAGUUUGCAGCUUACUGACAGCACUCAAGGCACAUACCAAAGCAAAAAGAGCAGUUAUGACGCGGACGCGGGUUACUAAAACUAAACAUUAAUUAAAAAUUAAUUUAAGAAACCUCUCCAGCUAACUAAAACUAAAAGUAAGCAGUAACGAUUUGACGUUUAUGUCGUUGACUGUACACCGUCAUAGUACAGUCAGUGCAUACACGAGUUUGAAGCAAUAGUAUUUGUCGGUUUUUUUUAAGGGGGAAAAUCAUCCAAUGGCUUCUCCCGCCUUGGGCGAGGCGAGAGGGAGUGUCAGAUUUUUACUGACUAAAAACCACCCCGUUCCUGCUCCUGUUUUUCGAGCCGGAGCGCCGGUAAACCCGCUAGGUAGUCCGCAGCUCCGGAUCAGGCGUCAAGCCUACUGGGCCCCAUCUGUGGUGGUCUGAUGGCUCUUUGAGGCGCGCGCGAUCCCCGACGCCCGGAUUGCCCCUCGCGACUACUGGGGCGUGAGGAGGUUCGUUCCCUCACGGGUAAAUUUUACAACGCCUUUACCGGUCACCUGUGGAACUAAAAUUUGCCAGACUAUCGACAAAUACUAUUGCUUCAAACUCAUGGUAGAGGUACAGAAAUAAAACUGUAAGCAAUAAGUUAUUUUUAGUCUGCAAGCGAUGCGAUUGGACGAUGUGGCCAGUACCUGUGUUCAGUAGUCGUUAAUGUUAUUAUUUUUAUAUUAAAAGUUAUUUUGUAAAUA